GAAGAAGAAAAGGGCUCCUAGUGCGCCUGCGCCUACUGCAGCCUCUAGUCCUGGGGGACAGCCUGGCUCGGGUCGGUCUUGGUUCGGUUCACAUGUCCCGGCUGCUGUUCUGGGGGCUCCGGCCGCUCGGCGGUCCGACGGGGCUCCUCCCCACCGCCCCGGGUCGCUCCUUCGGCGGCUCUGUUCCCGAGCUUCCCGCCGCUCAGGUCCGCAGCACCUUCCUGGACUUCUUCCGACAGAAACACGGACACCUGCUGGUUCCGUCCUCCCCGGUCCGGCCCAGAGGGGACCCCAGCCUGCUGUUCGUCAACGCCGGCAUGAACCAGUUUAAGCCCAUCUUCCUGGGAACGGUGGAUCCUCGCAGUCCGAUGGCGUCGUACCGCCGCGUGGUCAACAGCCAGAAGUGUGUCCGAGCCGGCGGCAAACACAACGACCUGGACGACGUGGGCAGAGACACCUACCAUCACACCUUCUUCGAGAUGCUGGGGACCUGGUCCUUCGGAGACUACUUCAAGGAGGAGGCGUGUCGGAUGGCGUGGAGUCUCCUCACAGAGCAUUAUGGGAUACCUGCAGACAGACUCUACGUGUCCUACUUUGGUGGAGACGCAGCGUCAAGACUUCAGUCUGACGAGGAGACCCGACACAUCUGGCUGGACAUGGGGAUUCCUCCUAGUCGCCUCCUGCCGUUUGGCCUGAAGGAGAACUUCUGGGAGAUGGGGGAUUCGGGCCCCUGUGGACCCUGCACCGAGAUCCACUACGACCAUGUCGGGGGCCGCGACGCCGCGAGGCUCGUCAACGCCGACAGUCCAGAUGUUGUGGAGAUCUGGAACCUGGUCUUCAUGCAGUACAACAGGGAGGCGGACCUCAGUCUGCGGCGGCUGCCCCAGUUCAGCGUGGACACUGGGAUGGGACUGGAGCGACUGGUGAGCGUCCUGCAGGGCAAGAGGUCCACCUACGACACGGACCUGUUCACCCCGCUGCUGCACGCUGUGCACCAGAGGUCCAGGGCGGCUCCGUAUGGCGGUCGGACCGGGUCAGAGGACCAGGACCGGGUGGAUCUGGCCUACAGAGUCGUGGCCGAUCACAUCCGGACUUUAUCUGUCUGCAUUGCUGAUGGAGUUCAUCCGGGAAUGUCCGGAGCCGAGCUGGUCCUGCGGAGGAUUCUGCGGCGUGCCGUCCGGUUCUGCGUCGAGGUUCUCCAGGCACCUCAGGGAACGCUGGCCAGCCUGGUUCCAACCGUUGCCCACCUGCUGGGCGACGUGUAUCCGGAGCUGCACAAGGAGGCGGACCGGAUCGUGGACGUGAUCAACGAGAACGAGGCUCAGUUCCUGUGGUCGCUGCAGCAGGGCAGCCGGCUGAUCCAGCGCACGCUCACCAGGAAGGACUACAAACAUGGAGUCUUCCCUGCCUCCGUGGCCUGGUCUCUGCACCGGGACCUGGGCUUCCCUCUGGACCUGGUAGACCUCAUGCUGGAGGACCGGGGCGUCCAGGUGGACCGCCAGGAGCUGGACCGGAUCAUCGCAGAGAACCACAAGGUGUUGUCGGAGCAGUCGGGUGUUGAGUUGUCGGUGAUGCUAGACGUUCUCAGCCUGGCGGAGCUGCAGCGUCUUGGGGUUCCUCACACCGACGACAGUCUGAAGUACGCCUACCGGCUGGAGAAGGACCGCUACGAGUUCCCAGCAUGCCGAGCGACGGUCCUGGCGCUGUACGACGGCCAGACGCUGGUGUCGGAGGUUCCUGAGGGGCGGCGCUGUGGAGUCGUCCUGGACCUCACCUGCUUCUACUCGGAGCAGGGCGGACAGUCACAUGACCGGGGCUACUUCACCCGCCACGGCCUGCAGGACGUGGUGUUCCCGGUGGAGGCGGUGCUGCGGGCCGGAGGGUACGUGGUCCAUCAGGUGACCACAGCCGACAGCCUGAAGACCGGGGACCAGGUCCACCUGCACCUGGACCAGGUCCACAGGAUGUCCUGUAUGGUUAAACACACGGCCACUCACCUCCUGAACUUUGCUCUAAAGAAGGUUCUCGGUUCUUCGGUUCAGCAGAGAGGAUCUCAUGUGUCGGCUGAUCGUCUUCGCUUCGACUUCACCGUAAAGGGUUCUCUGAGCAUCUCUCAGCUGCAGCAGGUAGAAAGGUGUGUCAGCGACGUGGUCACAGCCAAUCAGAUCGUCCACAGCCAGGAGCUUCCUCUGCAGAGAGCCAAGAGCAUCCGAGGGCUGAGGACGGUGGAUGAGGUGUACCCUGACCCGGUCCGGGUGGUGUCGGUAGAUCUUGCAGCCUCUGAGCUCCUGGACCAUCAGACGGACAGAGAGACGUCUGUGGAGCUCUGCUGUGGAACUCACCUGCUUCGGACCGGAGACAUCGAGGACCUGGUGAUCGUCUCUGAGAGACAGAUGGUGAAAGGAAUCAGUCGGGUCGUCGCGGUGACGGGACGGGAGGCAGCAGGGGCCCGGGAGGCCGGUCAGGUUCUAUUGCAAGAUGUCGACUCUCUGGCAGCCAGACUGGCAGGCUCCGCCCCCUCCAGCCUCGACUCCGCCCAGCAGCUCUCCAAGGAGGUCGGCGUCCUCUCUGACGCGGUAGAUAACACCCCCAUCCCCCAGUGGCAGCGCAGAGAACUGCAGGCUCGACUCAAAGCUCUGCAGAGGAGCAGCAACACAACUGUCAGGAAACUGGAGACCAGAGAGGCUGCAGUCAGAGCUCAGGCUCUGCUGGAGAAGAACGGCAGGAAGGAGUUGCUGGUGGACGCUGUGGAGACGGACUCUCUGUCGGUGGUGAUGAAAACGGUGAAUCAGCUGAGCUCUGUCACUCCUCUCAGUCACGUGAUGCUUCUGGCUCACCAGCAGCAUUCUGAGAAGGUCCUGUGUGCCUGUCAGGUUCCCAAGGACUCUCCGUGGAUCACGGCCUCUGAUUGGGCGGUGGCGGUGUGUCGUCACCUCGGAGGGAGCGCCGGGGGCUCGGCGCUGGUCGCCAAGGGAACCUGCAGCAGCACUGACAUCAACGAGGUUAGGUGGGCUGAGCAGUUUGCCCGCCAGAAAACACAGCAAUGAUGUCAUCGACUGUAGACCCCGCCCACAGCAGCAACAGCCUCUUGUGAUUGGAGGACAGAUCUCAAGUUUCUUUGUUUUAGAAGAAAUAAAUACUCUGAGAGGUC